GUAAUCGAAUUGUUUUUGACUUCAAGCGAGAUUAGUUAUAUUAACACUUCCACUAUAUGCCUCAAUUAUUCUCUACAAUCAAGUUCAGUGACAACCAUAAGUAGAAAGGGCUAAAAAAGGAAUGAAUUUAGCACAUAACAAUUGAUAUAAGUGGCUUGAUUGAUGGUUGGGCUGGCGGCAUUGUGCUAUGUCAACGACGGAAAGGCUCUAUUUUCGCAAUCUAUCUUCCCCAUGGCGCAGACUGUCUCUUCGUAUAAGAUUGUGGCAGAAGUAGAGAAUUUCAUCCAUGAUGGAUCAUUGAUAUCGUAUUUUCUGGUUUCGAACAUUGCACUUUUCAUCUAUGAUUUAAUCCUCAUUUUUCCAGCAGAGCUGGAAUUUGUGUGGUCCCCGGACAUCUUUGGAAUGUUCAAUGUGUUGUAUUUCCUUCAGCGGUAUAUGCCAUUUGGUUCAUUGAUUCUUCUACUGUUCUUCGAUGGAGUGGUUUCACCUCCAAUGUCUUUCAACAGAAUUUGUGGGUCUCAAGUGGUCCUUAUAUGGCGUGUGUGGACUCUGUGGAAUUAUAGCGCAAAAAUAACAUUUGUGUUCACUGGCUUAUUUCUAUGUGGCUCAGUGUUUAACCUCGUGAUAUUCAUCAGCACCCGUACUGCAGAAAGCUAUCCUGGUCCAAGUGUCACUUCGGUAGUUCACUGUGCCUCUCAACGUUAUGUGCAGCCACUCUUCUUCAUUUUUUGGGUACUCUUGAUAGUGCACCAUGCAGGUAUCUUGUUACUAAUGCUUAUACCUCAAGGUUACUCUCUCCUGCGUAUGCAAAGGUGGUCAGACUUGAUAAACCUUAUCAAUGACAUUGGCAUUGUAUAUUCUAUCUAUUUACUUGCAUUGUCUUCAUUGAAUCUAGCUGGGGCGCUCCGUCUCCCUACCAAUUUGCAGGGGCUUCUUAUUCCAUUUCAACAUGUGAUGGAGACUGUCCUUACCAGCAGAGCUAUCAUUCACUGGAAAAGGCAGUCACAGAAAUCACAAAUAACUACAGCUCUUGAUCUCACUGGCACAUCUUUCGCCGAGGUCUUUGAACCCAGCAAUGAAUCGGCAUCAAUCCCCCCACACCCUUCAUCUUUUCGCAGAUCUGGUUCAACAAGCCGCUAUUCGCUGGAAGAACCUUUAAUUAAUUUGGAAGACCCUCACGAUACAAACUUCGUCAACGGAAGUCCUUCCCUAGACACACCCUCGCAGAAUAACCUUCUAGGGAAUCAGAAAUCAUCCGCCGCUCCCUCAGUAUUUUGACUCCCUCCCUUGCACCAUCAGAAAUUUCGGAUAAUGUUGACGGCCCCUCAGGAGGCGAUCAAGCAGGGGAAAUGGGUUCCAGCCGUGACACUAUGCAAACAAGCUCCUCUUAUGAGACACUACCCAGUUAUCAUAGUCGUGUUUCAGGACUACGAAGGUCAAGCUCUCGCUUCUUCUCUUAUAUUCCCCUCAAUCGAAGUCUACCCCCGCUUCCCCAGCAACCUCCAAGUUACAGGUCCUCUUGAAUCACUUCUGAUAUGUAGCUAAAGUGUAUAACCUGUCCCAUAGUUUAUUUGUUAAAUAUUGGACAUUCAUGGACCAGUUGGUGAACUGCAAU